AUGCCCCAUUGACCUGGUUAUUUUCUUGUCAACGCAAUGAGUUACAGAAAGCAAUUAACCCUGGAAGGGAGUCCAAACUUGAAAACUGCAAGAUGUGGCGUGGACUUCUCUUCUAGUUCUAGGUUAUCUGAUUGUUUGAUAAUUUUAAUCUCAUUUGAAAUUUGCUUAUUAUGUUUUCUUAUUUUCUUGUAUAGGAAUCCCGAUGAUGGCAAGGGCACAAACCAGCCACCCUUUGGACACUUUAACGGCUGCUGAAAUUUCUGUUGCAGUGGCAACUGUCAGGGCAGCUGGAGCAACUCCUGAGGUGAGAGAUAGCAUGCGCUUUGUUGAAGUAGUUUUACUGGAGCCAGAUAAGCAUGUUGUUGCAUUGGCGGAUGCGUAUUUCUUCCCUCCCUUCCAGCCCUCAUUACUUCCUAGAACUAAAGGUGGGCCUGUAAUUCCCACCAAACUUCCUCCCAGACAAGCAAGGCUUGUUGUUUAAAAUAAAAAGUCAAAUGAAACAAGCAUAUGGAUUGUUGAGCUAUAACAAGUGCAUGCUGCAACUCGAGGUGGCCACCACAGAGGCAAAGUCAUUUCAUCCAAAGUUGUUCCAAACGUUCAGCCUCCUAUGGAUGCUAUGGAAUAUGCUGAAUGUGAAGCUGUGGUGAAAGCAUUCCCUCCAUUUCGGGAGGCAAUGAAAAAGAGGGGUAUUGAGGAUAUGGAUCUUGUGAUGGUGGACCCCUGGUGUGUUGGAUAUCACAGUGAAGCUGAUGCUCCUAGCCGCAGGCUUGCUAAACCUCUUAUCUUCUGCAGAACCGAGAGUGACUGUCCAAUUGAAAAUGGUUAUGCUCAUCCAGUUGAAGGAAUCCACGUUCUUGUUGAUAUGCAAAACAUGGUAGUGAUUGAAUUUGAUGACCGUAAACUUGUUCCCCUACCACCAGCUGAUCCCUUAAGAAAUUAUACUGCUGGUGAAUCUCGAGGAGGUGUUGAUAGAAGUGAUGUGAAACCUCUACAGAUCAUUCAGCCUGAAGGCCCAAGCUUUCGUGUUAAUGGACACUUUGUUCAGUGGCAGAAGUGGAAUUUUCGUAUUGGUUUCACGCCCAGAGAGGGUUUAGUUAUCUAUUCUGUUGCAUAUGUUGAUGGUAGUCGAGGUCGGAGACCUGUGGCCCACAGGUUAAGUUUUGUUGAGAGGGUGGUUCCCUACGGAGAUCCAAAUGAUCUGCAUUAUAGGAAAAAUGCAUUUGAUGCAGGGGAAGACGGCUUGGGUAAAAAUGCACAUUCUCUUAAGAAGAAUUGUGAUUGUUUGGGCUUCAUCAAGUACUUUGAUGCACACUUCACAAAUUUCACUGGAGGUGUUGAAACAAUUGAGAAUUGUGUUUGUUUGCAUGAAGAGGAUCAUGGUAUCUUAUGGAAGCAUCAGGAUUGGAGAACAGGAUUACCAGAAGUCCGACGUUCUAGAAGGCUGUCAGUUUCUUUUAUAUGCACUGUGGCUAAUUAUGAGUAUGGAUUUUUCUGGCAUUUUUAUCAGGAUGGGAAAAUUGAAGCUGAGGUUAAACUCACUGGAAUUCUUAGCUUAGGAGCACUGCAACCUGGGGAAAUACGGAAAUAUGGUACAACAAUUGCUCCUGGAUUAUAUGCACCUGUCCAUCAACACUUUUUUGUGGCACGUAUGGAUAUGGCAGUUGAUUGUAAGCCUGGCGAAACAUUCAAUCAGGUUGUUGAGGUGAAUGUAAAAGUUGAAGAGCCAGGAAAGGAUAAUGUGCAUGAUAAUGCAUUCUAUGCUGAAGAGGAACUGCUCAGAUCUGAAUUGCAAGCAAUGCGUGAUUGCAAUCCAUUAACUGCUCGCCAUUGGAUUAUCAGAAACACAAGAACUGUCAACCGGACUGGGCAGCUUACAGGUUACAAGUUAGUACCUGGUUCAAAUUGUUUACCACUGGCUGGUUCAGAGGCAAAAUUCUUAAGAAGAGCUGCUUUCUUGAAACAUAAUCUUUGGGUAACACCUUACGCACGUGAUGAAAUGUAUCCUGGAGGAGAGUUUCCUAAUCAAAAUCCUCGUGUUGGAGAGGGAUUGGCUACUUGGGUGAAGCAAAAUCCACCCCUUGAAGAAACUAACAUAGUUCUAUGUCCUCGACUGGAGCGGUCCUCUGAUAGGGCAAGACUCGCUGGUGCCCUUAUUCAAAUUGAGGGCAGGAAUGAACCGAAUUAUAUAUUAAAAUGGGAGAAACUAAUUAUUAGAGGUAUAUUUUGGUGGAAUGGCAUGGAAAGUUAGAAGAACUCUGAAGUUAAGUGUGUUCGCUUGAGUGAAAUCCUAUGAUGGGUGAUCUUCCGAGAAGUUCUUCGUUCACCAACGGGACAAAACUGUGAAACUCAGGAUGGAAUGGGCCCGAACGAAUAAUUCCUCUAGUUGUUGAAGUAAAGUGGGAAUAAAGUGAUUGGAGUAAAGGCAUUACAAUUUAUGAUUUUAUGUGUCAUUUUUAACUAUAAUUGUUAUUUUUCUUUAUUAGUGGACAUAUUUUUAUUUUCUUAUGUAAGCUAUUCAAGAUUUUUUUUUCUUUUUAAUAUUCAUGGUGUAUUUAGAUUGAGAAUUUUAUUAGAAUCAAAAUUAUUAAUUUUAUUA